UAAAAUGAAAAAUACUCAGUGCGUGAACAAAAUCAGCAAAACUCACCACGUGUUUUUAUCCAGAUGUAAAGUUAAGAGAUUUAGUAACAUUUAUAUAUAUAUAUUAUUAAAUAUAUAAGUAAUUUUUAUUAAAAAAGUAUAUAGUUAUUUUAAAUAUUAUUUAAAAUACAUAAAAAUGGUGGCGAUAGGCAAAAAAAAGUACAAAGUUGGAGAAGGAGCGCAGUUUUUAACCCGGAAAGCAGCAUUGAAAAAACUCCAGCUAUCAUUGAAAGACUUCAGAAAGUUAUGUAUCCUCAAAGGAAUUUACCCACGUGAGCCCCGGAACCGUAAGCGUGCACAGAAAGGUAAAUCAGGAAUAAAAACUCUUUAUCAUAUCAAAGACAUCCAAUUUUUGAUGCACGAACCGAUUAUCUGGAAGCUGCGAGAUUACAAAGUCUUCAGCCGCAAAGUUGGUCGUGCAAAAGCGAUGCGCGAUUUCGCGGCCAUGAAACGCUACUUGAAUAACCAUCCGACUCUGAAGCUGGAUCACAUCGUCAAAGAAAGAUACCCGACAUUUAUGGACGCGCUCCGUGAUUUAGAUGACUGUCUUACUCUUUGUUUCUUGUUUUCGACCUUCCCGUCAAUGGCCCACAUUCCCCGAGACCAGUCUGUCCUGUGCCGAAAGCUCACCACCGAGUUCAUGCACGCGGUGAUCGCCGCCAAGGCUCUGAGGAAGGUUUUCGUUUCAAUAAAAGGUUAUUAUUAUCAAGCAGAGAUCCAGGGUCAGACGGUGAACUGGAUCGUACCACACAACUUUUCGUUCGAGCCCCAGUCACGCGCGGAAGUUGACUUCAAAGUGAUGUCCACGUUCGUCGAGUUCUACAUCGUCAUGCUGGGUUUUGUCAACUACCGACUUUACCACUCCCUUAAUUUGUUUUACCCGCCAAAGCUGACUGCUGCUGGUGGAGAAAGCGAGAAGGCUCUGGUUGACGAGGAAGUUUACGUUGACGAGCGUGUUCGUGCACUGAGUGUUCCACUGGUGAGUCUAGAUCCAACUUCUCAAGCAGCUGAAGAGAAUGAGGUCGACGAGUUCCCGGUAACUGAUAACGCAGAUGCUGAGCAGGCUCGCAAAGAGGCCGAGAAGAAGAGGAAGCUGAAGACUUUGUUCAAAGAUCUUAAAUUUUUUAUCAACCGCGAGGUUCCGAGGCAGGAAUUAGUCUUCUGUAUUUUGUCUUUCGGCGGAAAGGUUUCUUGGGACAAGAUGUCAUUCGUUGGAGCGACUUUUGAUGAAAAUGAUGAAACUAUCACUCAUCAGAUCGUUGACAGACCGUCGAUGGGAAAAAGUUUUCUGUCCAGGUACUACGUCCAGCCACAGUGGGUCUUUGACUCUAUAAAUGCUAUGGAAUUACUUCCAGUUGAAGAUUAUCUGAUGGGUGCCAUUUUACCACCGCAUCUGUCGCCGUUUGAUAACCAGCUGGAUCAGACUUACAUUCCCCCAGAGGAACGGGCAAUGCGAGAUCCUUCAUAUAAAUUAACUAAAUGGCAAGAUGAUGAUGAAGAAGAAGAUGAUGAUGCUGGUGAUGAUGAUAAAGAAGAGGGUAAUCCUGAGGAAGAUCAGGAAGAAAUGGAGGAAGAAGUUGAAGAAGAGGAGGAGGACGAAGGUGAAGAAGUUGAUAAAGAAAAGUUAAGACUCAAAAAGAAGAAGAACAUGAAAGUAAAAGCUGGAGAAAUAGUUAAAGAGGUGCCCUGGGCUAAAGCCAAACAAGAGAAACAGGAGUUCCAUCUUAGAGAAAAAAUGAUACCGAAGAAACACAGGAAUCUUUACAAGAGUAUGGUCGCAGGUCGCGAAAAACGUGCGAAGGAAAUCUGGUUGCUGAAAAAGAAGCGAAGGCUACACGACGAAGAAGCAAAAAAAGCUGCAAAGGAAACGCGCAAAGCCCAAAGAGCUGCAGCCGCCGAUUUUUUCUAGAGUAAUUUUUAUUUAAAUUAAUUAAAUUUGAUGUUAAUUAAUAAAAUUUAAUUGUUUUA